AUUAACGAACAGCAAGCAAACGAGUCAAGUAGUUGAUUGAAAAGUACAGUGAAGAAAUAUAGUUUUUGCUAAAAAGAAAAACAUUGAACACAAACAACAUUUCACACACAAAAAUAUAAGCAAAGUGAAAAUGCCUUUCCUAACACGCGAAUAUAAUUUCCACGAGUCGGAAUUGGCCGCCGCUAAAGAUCAGCGCACAAUGGCUUUGCGCAGCGUUAAAAAACUAUUACGUCCGCUCAUGCGCAUCAUCAAGAAGAAGCAGUUGUUGCAGAAAACGCUCGCCGAGGUGAAACAACAGAAUGAUUACAAUUCCUCCCUGGAAGAUAUGCGUAAAGAUCCGGCCGCACUCAAUGCCUACGAUGACAAUUUGGCCAAUGAGGCAUUGGAGCAGCGUUUGUAUGAAGAAUUGCAGCAAAGCGCACCGGAGGCGGCAAUUGUUGUACGUCAGGGUGAUAGCCAACAAGUGGUGCCUGUACAACAACAAACCUACAUACCAGUACAUUUUGCGCGCACCGCUAACGGCACAUUCUUCUGGACCUCCAGCGAUAUGCCACGCCAACAGGAAUUGCAAUUACGUCAACAGCUCGACCGUUGGGGUCAAGCGUAAAUUGUGCAGUCGAUGAACGGGGAUUCGGUAGCAGCUUUAAGCGCAACGGCCACUUUGCAGCGCCAGCUAAGCGGCAUAUUUGCGCCUUAACCGCCACGCAUGCGCGGUGUUAGCUUCCUAUUUUAUGCUUUUAAGUUAGCGUUUUUAGUGUGAGUUUAUUUAAAAAAAAAUAUAAUAUUUUUGCGGUGAUAUUAGCUUUUAGUGCUAUGGCUAUAACUUUUUUACGUACAUUUGUAUAUAUAAAAAAAUGAUUGAUAUUCAAUUGUGAAAAUUUUACAUAUUUAAGUAACUGUAACGGCAAAUUUAUGUCUUUGUCUUAUUUGUGAUUUUUUUAUAAGCGAGUUUAGUAAAUGUAAUUGUAAUUUUUGUGAAAUUGCGCAACUAAAGCAAUCUAGGUUAAAAGCUUUAAAAAUCAUUUAUGUCUUCCUAAAUUUAGUUGAGCUUUUGCAAGUGGUUUGCAUUAGUCUAAAUACAGGUAAUUAGCGCUUAGAAAUUCAUUGUCUUCCAUGUAAAAUGUAUUUUGUAAGGAAAUUUAAAUAGUUUUAAGUGGAAAAA